GCUUAAUUAGUUAUUUUAAUUAUCGGCUCGGCGGUUGUUGUUCUUGAAACCCAGAGUUAGAUUAUUUAUAAUAAUAAGAAUAAGAAUCCCCUUCAAUCCCGCGAACUACUUUACUCUUGAAGAACACGAUCACCCGCCCGGUUGAGAAUCGCCAAAUUAAUUCUUUUUAUUUAAAAUCACUCCCCCCCCCCCCCCCCCCUCCUCUAUCAAACCUUCACUCGACGCUCGUAAAGCUGAUCGACUGGAAAAGUAAUUCUUAUUAUUAGAUCUCAGGUAUCGCAGAUCUAUCGGAUAAUAAAUAGCUACAGCUCAAAACACUGGAGAAUAUCAACGUCAGGAUCAACUCCGCCAUGCAGAACAUCAUUGUCGGCCUACGAGGCGCUCAGGUCGUCCUGGCCAUCAUCAUCCUUGGCCUGACUGGAUGGGUCGUCAACCGCACCCGCGGCAACUCCGACGAAACGAACUUCCUCCUCUUCGACUCAAUCUGGACCUUCAUCAUCGCCGUCCCGUAUCUCGUCCUCGCGCCACUCUACCUCCAGAAGUUCGCGCACAAGUACGCCCUCAUCGCCGUCGAGGCCGUCACCCUGCUCUUCUGGUUCGCAGGCUUCAUCGCCGUAGCCGCCGUGCUGCCGCCCACCUCGGUGUGCAGGCAUUCAUCCGUCUGCAAGGGCUUGCAGGCUGCCACGGUGUUUGGCGCGUUUGAGUGGCUCCUCUUCGUCGCCACGACCGUCCUCGUCGUCGUCCUCCCCAUCCUGCGUGGUGGUGGCGAUAGCACCCCAAAGCCCGAAGCCGCGGUCGACAUGCAGGCGCAUCCAGGCGUAUAAAAAGAUAAAAUAAUAAAAUAAUACUGAAAAAAAAAAAAAAAAAAAAAAAAAAAAAAAAAAAAAAAAAAAAAAAAACCCCCAAACUUGGGAAAGACCAACAAAUUUUUUUGCCCUCGGGCGAACCGAACCCGGGAUCACCUCGAACCCCCGCCCCACCUCUUCCAAGUUUUUCGCCCAUUUUUGCCAUUUUGCUCCCCACUCACAAGUCACACUUCACGCGAAAUUGUUCCCUUUCCCAACAGAAGGGAACUCCAUGACGGAAACCCGGACGGGCCGUGUUCGGCUUUUCAAAAAAAUAUAUAUAUAUAUAUUUGAUAUUAGCUAUUUAUGGGUGCGGUGCAGUGGACGUAUGGUUUAUUCAUCAUUUUCAAAUCGAUAAUGAUACUAUGACGAUGGAUAUGGGUAUGGGUGGGAUAUGAAUAUGGAAGAUGAAAUAUGGCUGGAAAUUUGUUUUUUUUUUUUUCUUUUCUCUGUUUCUUUCCCCCCGAUACCCAUGUUAUUCAUGUUUUAAACGAUGCCUGCGAAUCCUUUCUAUCCCAUUCCACUGAGCCCUUUUUCACCCUGGUUUUAACUCUUAUUUCUUUACUUAUUUAUUUUCCCACCGCUCACCUACCUACCUACCUACCUAUUAUUAUCAUCAAUGUUGUGGAUGGAAAUAUACCCCAGCCAGCUCACGAGUUUUACCAUGUCUUCUACUCCGCUCCUUUUUUAUCUACAUAACCACGUAAAUAUAUAAUGAACCCCCAAAUGCUGAACUUUUCCCAGUUUAUGUUCACAGCCCUUUCCUAUUCGAAUUUUUUUUUUUUUUUUGUUUUUCCCCGUUACUGAAUUUUGCGUAGUUGGGCUAUUAUUAGGUAGUUAACGCUAUAUAUCUGUAUACACAUGCAAGCUGCUUAUAUGAGAAACCAGUGUGGAAUAAUGAAGGGAAGGAAUUUUAUGCCUCUGUACAUACUAUUAGUACUCCAUAUAUGUAUUUCUUCUGAGUUAGUUCUCACCUUGCUUGCUUGCUUGCAACCUGCCCUGUGUGCAGUUUUUCAACAUCAGAUAUAACUAUCCCAUGCAGUCUGUAAGAAAAGAACUGAUAUCAAACUAUUCAUGCAUGAUUUUUGAUUUUUGAUUUUUUAUUCUUUCACUGCAAUUGAGAACUCCUUUUCAUCUUCUCUUUUAAGUCCUUCAGUUAUCUAUCAUCUUUCAUCAUGCAAAGCAGUGUCUUUUUCUUUCUUGCAUACACCACAUGCAUGUAAAGUGUCAUGACCUCAAAUGCAAAACACCCUCAAGUGCUCCUUCAAUGAUCCCUGCACGGAUAGGAAAACAUGUAAUGUACAAGGCUCUGCAGUGAUGAAUAUUCCCUGCUCCCUGAGUGCUCAGGCCUGUAGGAGGCAGAUGCAUUAUGAAGGGAAGCAUAUUCUAAUGUAAUAUAUUAUUAUGUUUAUUAAUUCCAUGUCAAAUGAUCUUUUUGAAUCAAAG